AUGUCGACAACGACGACCCACUCUCGCCCUGCGGCGGUCGGCCUCGCUCCCCAGUACCCCUACCUCGCCAUGUCGCCUGCACCCCACUAUACGCCCUCCUCCUCGGUCAUCUCCCUCGGCGUCAGCGAGCUAUCAGCUGUUCCGCAAGAUGUGCCGGUGCUGCAUCCCCAAGAUCUUCUCCCUCACGCCCCUCCCAAUGAUGCUGAUAACGUUGUGAUUGCACCCUGGCUGGCAUCACCAGACGAUGAGCCCCCAACGCCCCCGCCAAAACCUCAGCGGUACGGCUUCCCGCAUAAAUCAUCCUUUGCAUCCUUUUCUCUCCCCCGUCAGCUCAGCGCUUCGAACUUGAGCCUAGCAACCACCCGCUCCUCCGAAUCACACGUCCUCCAUUCAAGCUCCCUGGGCCACGACACCCAUCAUUCUCGGGAACCCCGCAGGGCCAAGUCUUCCAUCAGCAGCAUCCUCACGCAUCCUCUCUCAAACUUUGUCAAAAAGCAACGUUCAAGGAGCCGCUUAAGAUCUGAUGUCGCUCUUUCAGAAGAGCCCGUCCCCCCGCUUCCCAUUUUCGACCAUCUGUCCACAUACUCUGCCGCUUCCACGGCCCCCUCUUUGCUCAAGCACAGGAAACAUAAAAUUCCCAGCAUCUCUUCGGAGUCCCCCCCACCUGUGGGUGAUGCAGAGUUCAAGCUCGACGUGGAUCUCGAUCGUAUGGAAGGUAUCAUCGAUCCCCACAUUCUCUCUGCACCGGACAGUGGUUCCCCUCGCAGUGGAGGCUUUGAUAACUCCAGUUCGGAGGUUUCAUCUACGCAUCACUCGCUUGGAGCAUCGUCAUCUAAUAUCUUCAGCCAUCCCCACCCCUUUGGGCCACCGACAGUCCGUGUACAACGUUACCACUAUGAUGGCCGGAGGAUAUCACCUACUUCACGCCCAGCCGAUUUUCCUGACGAUGAUACCCGUUCUUGGGCCCCACCUCAAAGCUGGGAGGUCGAUCAAGAAGGAGGGGCCACGACGAUAGCGGAAGAGUCAAGUUCUGAUGAGAACGAACCUGGUCCACCGCGCAAACCGGGACGUUUGCGGCCCGAGAGUAAAAUCCGCCCACGUCCGCCAAUUAAAUCGGCCUCGUCCUCAGCGCUAUACAAGAUCCGCAUAUACCGUGCAAAUGGGACGUAUCACGUCGUUUCGAUCAGCCUCGCUGUGACUGUUGACGAACUCAUGCCGGAGCUAAAUAAGAAGCUUUCGUUGAAUCCGGAUCGAGAGCCACAUAGCUUGUACUUGAAGGAGCGAGGAAGAGAGCGAGUUUUGGCUCCUACUGAGCGGCCGGCUAACAUUGUACGGCGCCGCUUGGACCAAGCAGGCUACGAAGAAGCCGAUAGUCUUGAACAAUUAGGGGCAGAGGAUCUGACAUUCCUCAUGAGGUUCGUUUACAAAAGUAAUGUAUUGGGCCUGUCGAACGCGGACGACCACAACAUCGACACGUUCGACAUGAUUGACUUAACCGGACGUGGUGUACGAACAGUCCCGAUUCUGCUUUACCCUCAUGCGGAUGCGAUCGUCUCGCUGAAUCUCUCCCGCAAUCCUAUGCUCGAGAUCCCCCUGGAUUUCAUCCAAGCCUGCACCACGCUGCGCGAGCUUAGACUAAGUCAGAUGGCUAUGAAGAAAGUUCCACAGAGCGUACGAUAUCGAGACACUCUUCAUCGUUUAGAUCUCUCCUGCAAUCGCAUUGGCGAUUUGGACGACGCUGGCUUAGAUUGGAUACCAGAACUUCGGUCCCUGAAGGUUCAGAACAAUCGAAUGGAAAGCCUCCCAUGGUGGUUCCCCCGAUUAGGCGCAUUGAAGGAUCUUAACAUCUCAAAUAACAAGUUUGGCGCCCUUCCCUCUGUUGUGGUUGAGAUCACUGGGCUCGUCGACCUCGACAUAUCGUUCAACAUGAUCGAUAAGCUUCCGGAUGAUUUUGGGCGGCUUCAAUCCUUAGAACGGCUGAUCAUCGUCGGCAAUCAGGUGACGGAGUUUCCAUCAAGCUGCAGCGGACUGGUCAAUCUACGAAUGUUAGACUGCCGCAGAAAUAACAUAUCCGACCUCUCUGUUGUCUGCAGGCUUCCAAAGGUCCAGCAAAUUUUUGCCGAUCACAAUUCCGUUCACGCUCUUGACGUCUCCUUCGGACCCUGCUUGAAACAACUAGACGCGUCACACAAUGACUUUACUCAGCUGCUCCUCUUACCUGGUCCUGUUGGACAGCCUUACGCCCUUACAUCGCUAGAUAUUUCGCACUCGAAGUUGUCCGCUCUUGACGAACUUGCUCUCGCUCAUCUCACAGCUCUUGAGACGCUACACCUUGAUCACAAUUCGUUACGGUACAUCCCAGAAUCCCUCGGUGCUCUUACUCGCCUCGUCCACCUUUCCUGUUCAAACAAUCAACUUCGAGCCCUUCCGGCAAGUAUCAGUCGCCUGUAUAACUUGGAGACUCUGGAGGUGCAUAACAACUCUCUCGCUGAGCUCCCUAGUACCCUUUGGAACUGUGAGAAUUUACAUCUCAUCAACGCUACAUCCAACCUGCUCGGAUCUUGGAGUUUACCUUCCGGCUCGGAUGUGGGAAGACGCGCGGGCGUGAACGGCACUACGCAGAAUGGACCCGUGCCUGUUAGGUCUGAUAGUUCGUCGGUUAGGAAGGCAUCAUCCGCCAAUUCCAUUAUGUGUAUCGAGAAGAAAUGGCCCCCCAUUGUGAACUCGUUGCAUCGACUCUAUCUGGGAGAGAAUCAGUUUACAGACCAUGCUGUACAUCCUCUUGCACUGCUAGCAGAGCUACGUGUUCUGAACCUGUCCUUUAAUGAGCUUCAGGAGAUUCCGCCGUCUUUUUUCGAGAAACUGACGAGCCUCAACGAGCUAUAUCUCAGUGGUAACAAACUUUCGACGAUUCCAACGGAGGACCUGCAUAGGUUGACCAAGCUAGAGGUGCUCUUCUUAAACGGUAACAAGCUACAGACGCUUCCCAAGGAGAUCGGCAAACUCACCAAUCUUAUCGUCCUUGAUGUCGGAAGUAACAUCCUGAAAUAUAAUAUCUUCAAUUGGGAGUUUGAUUGGAACUGGAAUUUCAAUACGAGCUUGCAGUAUCUGAACCUUUCCGGGAACAAGCGAUUGGAAAUUCGGACAGAUAUCGCGCCAGUCAAACAUGACGAGAAACGCAAGAUCCUCGCUGAUUUUUCCAGCCUGACCCAGCUGCGUGUUCUAGGACUGAUGGAUGUUACGGCGACCAACGGCGCCAUUAUUCCGGACGAAAACGAGGAUCGACGCGUACGCAUUUCACUUUCGGAAAUUAAUGGUGUGGGAUACGGCAUCGCCGACACUCUAGGGGCGACGGAGCAUCUCACCAUGCUUGACCUUGUCCAGCCCAAAUUUCGUGCAAACAACGACGAAGCGAUCUUCGCCAUGUUCGGCCGUGCCACCCAUACAGGAAACAACUACUGGCUCAAUCAUUAUCUGCAGUCGAAUUUUCUCGAUGUGUACUCUGGUGAACUUGCUCACCUAAGACCCGAAAAGGGUGAAGGCAUCCCAGAUGCACUACGUCGCGCAUUUCUCCAGCUAAACAAGCACCUUCAUGACUUUCUGUAUUCCAACUCGUCUGCACGCAAAAUGUCUCAAGUUAGUACGUCUACGGGGAAUGCUGUGAUCCGUGAUAUGAACAAACGCUGUGGGGCAUCUGGGAUCGUAUUGCACCUUGUGGGCAAGACGCUCUACGUCGCAAACGCCGGACGAUCGCUUGCUGUGAUGUCCAGGCAAGGCAAUGCUAUGCUAUUGUCUCGGCUCCACGACCCUUUCGCCCGCCCUGAGAUCACGCGGAUCAGGAAUGCAGAAGGAUGGGUCUCGCCGAAAGGCUACGUUAAUGAUGAGGUCGAUGUUGCCCGCUCCUUUGGAUUCUACAGCUUGUUGCCGGUGGUUAAUGCGCGACCCCACAUCUGUACAUGGGACAUCACUGCGCAAGAUGAGUUUGUCAUUGUAGGCAACUCGGGGCUCUGGGAUAAUGUUCCCUAUCAAACUGCUGUGGACAUUGCACGAAGCAAUUGUGGCAAUGCGAUGAUUGCUGCCCAGAAGCUUCGCGACCUCGCAAUUAGCCACGGUGCAGAGGGUUCGGCUAUGAUUAUGGUCAUAGCGGUUGGAGAUCUGUACCCUGCCAACGAUGCUGGAUCCAUUCUUUCUGCGAAACCUACAAAACGCCCUGAGAUCAUUAACAGGGACAUUUCGCGGCUGGGCGACGAAGUUCCGGCUCCUACUGGUCACGUUGCCUUAGUUUUCACAGAUAUCCGUAAUUCGACACAUCUUUGGGAGGUCAAUGCUGGUAUGCCAACUGCCAUGAUUCUCCACAACAACCUUCUUCGACGCCAGUUGCGGUUCUGUGGUGGUUACGAAGUCAAGACGGAAGGCGACGCGUUUAUGUGCUCAUUCCCAAACACCAUGUCGGCGCUGUGGUGGUGUCUCAGUGUUCAAGUUCAGCUGCUAUAUGUCGAUUGGCCACUGGAGAUACUAGAAUGCGAAGAUGGCAAGGAAGUAUAUGAUGUCGAAGGAAAUCUGGUCGCUCGAGGGCUCUCAGUUCGGGUAGGCAUUCACUGUGGCAAGCCAGUAUGUGAGCCAGACCCGAUAACUGGCCGCAUGGAUUACUUUGGUCCUAUGGUCAAUCGCUCUGCUCGUAUCGAAGGGAGCGCGGCUGGAGGCCAAAUAAUGUGCAGCGCUGACGUCGUCCGAGAGAUUAAUGCACGGAUUUUCGAGACUGAACCUCCCACACCAUAUUCGCAUCUGGAACCGCCUCAAGUAGUUGAUGCCAUUCGUCGUAUAGGCCUCAUUGUUGUCCAAGUUGGGGAGGUGAAGCUCAAGGGGCUUGAAGUUCCCGAGAUGCUCUCCAUCGUUUAUCCACAAGCGCUUGCCGGGAGGAGGGGGCUGAGUUUGGUGCAGACAACAUCAAACCCUCCUGGUCGGGUGCAGUUCAGCAUCGAGCAGAUGGGCGAGCUGGCUUUGUUGUGCAUCCGGCUGGAAAUGUUAUCAGCGGGGAAGACUUUCCGUGCAAGUAGCAAUGCUCCAAAUCAGGGUAACGAGGAGUCUGAUUCCGCAGUAUUCUCCCACCGCGAGCUCAAGGCGCUGCUGCCUGCGAUGGACAAGGCGACUGAUGCAGAUCUCAUGCUCUUGCUGGGCUCUCUCACCACGAGGAUCGACAAUGCUCUGACCAAACUCGCUGCGACCCGUCUUCGCGCGUGCAGGGAUAAGGUUCCGUUAGCCGAUGGUCUCGAUGGUCGGUACCUGAACCAGCUCCUUGAGAUCCUAUGUCCAUAG